AUGACUGUUCAUAAGUCUCCGGUGCCUGGCGCGUGGGCCUCCUCCCAUUUCUCUCCCCUUCCCUCGAUCCCCUCCCCUUCCGCUCCCGCGAGUGCCGACGCCGCCUCCCACCGCCAUGUCCCUCUUCGCCGCGGCUCGCCGGGGAGCCAUGGGGCUCAUCUCCGGCGCCCGACACGCCUCCGCGCCCUCCCCCACCAUCAUCAACGCCGCCGCCUCUCUGGACGCCGCGCGCGCCGCGCGUGGUCCAACGUCUUCGACCGCGCCACCCUGACGAUCGGCGCUGCCGAGGGCGAGAUCCGCGCCGCGCAGUACUUCUACGAUCUGGCCGCCCCGGCGCUCGCCCGCGCCUCCGCCUCGGGCGCCUCCCGGGAGGGAAUCAACCUCAACGUCCGCGCCGCUACCUCUGACCUGAUCGAGGGUUCCUUGUCUGUGCUGCGGGCAUCGAGCAUGCUCCGCGGCGCGACCUCCAGCAACCUCCGGGAAGCGGGGUCGAGCUACCUCGACGCUGCCGCAUCCAUGCUGCGUGCCUCUGAGACGCCGGGCGAUUCCGCGCUGUGCCACUUCCGCGCGUCGGCGUCAGCCAUUGGUGCAGCUGAAGCUGCCUUCCGCGCCGCCCUCGUCGCCCUGUCUGAUGAUUACCCGUUAACCAACUCCAGUGGCGCCUCCAGCGGCGAUGACUCGGAUCUUAUCCGCAUCAUCAACAGCGAGCUUGAGUCAGCCUUGAGAUCUGAUGAUCACCGUAAGGUCGACAAUAUUCUCACAGAAUUCCCAUUCGAGAUGGGCGACAAGGGAUCGGCCGGCCUAACCUUCACCAGGAAUUUUCAUGACGAGGAGAUCGAGGUAAUGCUUUAAGCAUGUUCAAGUGCACUGCCUAUCCAAAUGAGAUAGGGGUAAACACGUUGUACAUGAGGUCGAUAACGGGAGAUGAUGACCAAGAGGAAUAUACUGUUUCUUUCGAGGGCCCAGAAUCAAAUGAGCCGUUGCAGAUGCUAUCCAAGAGGUAUUUGGAGCUGCGUGGAGUUGCUUUCAUCAACUCCGUCUUUCUGGAUCAGGUGGUGAGGAACAAAGGAGUCAUUGGGAGAAUCUUCUGGUUGGGUAAGUUUAAGGAAUUCGUGAGGUCAUCAAAGUGAAUGCGGUAGUCAUGUGGAAGCAUUAAUUCUUGGAUAAGUUAUGUCGUGGCAGCAUACGAAUUUUGUAGUUAUAUAUCUCCUGGCACUCCGAUCCUUCUCCUGCACUGCUUAUUUUGGCUUGUGUUGACUAGUUAUCGGUUUCUGAAUUAAAGGAUAUGACAAGUUUGCCUCGGGAGUCGGGAGUAUGAUAAAUGCCUGCUUGAUUGUAUGUUUGCUGUUACUGCAUGAUGAAGUUUGACUAGGGUAGUAGAUGACAUGAUGAGCAAAUUAAAUAUUAUCAUUGAGUCACUGAUAAUCUGGUGUAUUAGUUGGAUGGAUCCCUUGCAAUAUAGUGUCUCUGUUUUCGGAUUGAUGUACGUAGGUGACAGAUACAUCAGUAGCAGCAAUGUAGGGAGAUGUAGGUGAGAAGUAAGUAUCAUGUGCAGUGCAUCACAUUGACAUGGGCUAAGAACAUUAAUCAGGAUAUGUAGUAGCUCAUGUGCUUAAUAACCUCCACCGUUAGAGGGUUAGUAGGGGUAUAUCAUGAACAUUUACCUAUGCCAAGUUGGUUGAUCAAAGUUAUGAUCUGACGAAAGCCAAGUAGUGCACUUGCACACAACUUAGUUGUAAUUCCUAUCGAUGAGUUACUUGAUUGUUUUGAUAUGGUCUAAUUUUGCAUGCAUGGUUUUGCAUUUCCUUUUCCAUAGAUAGUAGCAUCUUCCCUUCUUCUUUUUUAUAUUCAAUCGAAAAGGAACAGGAUUAAAGCCAUUCUUCAUGCACGUUGUCUCUUGAAAAAAAUACUGAUGGUGAUUUGUGCCCGAGAGGAGAUGGUUUCACAGGGCAGGUGAAGCGCAGAAGAAUAUUUUCAUUUCUCCAUCUUUCUUGGGCUUCUACUUGGCAAAUUCUUCAGGCUACCGAGGCCCCAGGGAUCAGCUCUGUAGCUCUUUCUUUGGCUCGGUAGGGCCAACAGUUGUGCUCUUCCUACUCAGGCUUUUUUCUUUCUUUUUUCUCUUGUAUGAAUAGUGAUAUUCUAGCGUGAUUGCUUUCGCACUCUGCUCUGUUCUCUGAUUCUAACUGACAAAAUUCAGUAUUUUGCAAGCUUUUUAUCCCGAUAAUUGUGUUUUUAUCCAAUGGAAUCAUAAAUUUCAUGCAACUUAAGCAUUGAAA